UUUUUUAUUUUUUUUAGUAUCGGCCCGUCUCAAUUCUCAUCCAUCUGACAUGGAAGUUGGAAUGAUCGAAGAUCGUCGUUUAUUCUCUGAUCGCAGAAAGCAAGAUCAAUCACGACGCUGGUUGAAGCGCAAUAAUCUGUAUGAAAAUCAUUGACUUGCUAGUCACCAUCAUCGACUGAUUCAUUGAGCUAUGGCUGCUCCAUCGUCGUCGGCGACGAACAUCAUGCUCGCAAUCCCCGAGAAGAAAACCGUCGGGGUCGAUCUCUACCGCCCUCUCCGCAACUACAUAGUCUUCAAUUACUCCGAACGCGAGGCUCAGAACCUAGAAGACGACCUCGAAACCCUAAAGGAGAUGCGGAACAACAUUGAGCGCUUCUCUGCCGCCGAUUCCCUCUCUACCCGUCGCGACCUCCUCCAGAACUACAUCAAAGCCCUAACCACUAUUGAAUCGAGGUUUCCAAUCUCUCCUGACAAGGAUCAUGUGAACUCUGUGACCUUCACGUGGUAUGAUGCGUUUAAGAACAGGAACAAGGCGUCACAAAAGAAUAUUCACCUGGAGAAGGCCGCGAUUUUGUUUAAUUUAGGGGCGGUGCACAGUCAGAUCGGAUUGGCUUGUGAUCGUUCGACGGUGGAAGGGAGACGGCAGGCGUCGCACUCGUUUAUAGCAGCCGCUGGUGCGUUUGCUUACUUGAGGGAUAAUGCGGCAACAAAGGCCUCAAUUGGGAAUUCAACUACUGUGGAUGUUUCAAUGGAGUGUGCGGGGAUGUUGGAGAGGUUGAUGCUUGCUCAAGCGCAGGAAUCUGUAUUUGAGAACACAAUUGCUAAAGGAAGCACUCCUGGUGUUUGUGCCAAGAUUUCAAGACAGGCGGGUCUCUACUAUGAGGAAGCAGUAGCUGCACUAAAUGUCACACCACUCAAUCAACACUUCGACAAGACAUGGAUCUCUCACAUUCAGCUAAAGGCAACUUUGUUCUAUGCAGAAGCUUGUUAUAGGUAUAGCCUAGAGCUUCAUGAAAAAGAAGAAAUCGGUGAAGAAAUUGCACGAAUCAACAGUGGCAUCACUGCAUUAUCCGAAGCCAAGAAGUCAUAUCCGAGGGGUACUUCACAACAAAUCCUCGAUUCAAUCAACAAGCUAGAAACCAAACUUAACUUCAAUUUAGAUAGGGCAAUGAAAGAGAACGACAGAGUCUAUCUUUUAAGAGUACCUCCAGUUAAUUCUCUCCCUCCUCUUCCUGCAUUCUCAUUGGUCAAAUCAAUGAACAUGAACGAUUUAUUGGAUGCAAGUAAAGUAAGGAUGUUUGCAACUCUUGUACCUGACAAUAGUGCAAAAGCUCUUUCAAGAUACACUGAAAUGGUGGAUGAUGUCAUCAGAACUCAAGCUGAGAAACUGCAACAAGGGAGUGAGCUUGCUAGAGUCCACCUCAAAGAGAUGAGUUUACCUGAUUCGAUUCUCGCAUUAGAAGGACAUUCUGUGUUGCCACCAGCUUUAUGGGAAGAUGUGGAAGCGGUGCAAGUUAGCGGAGGUCCAGCUGGCUUACAAGGUGAGCUUCAACAGCUUCAUGAUCUAAGAAGAGUAAACCAUGAAUUGGUUGUUCAAACCGAGGAGUUACUUGAGAAAGAAGCAACAGAAGAUGGACAAUUUAGAAGCCAAUUUGGGACACGAUGGACUAGACCUCAGUCAAAUACUUUGACUAAGAAUUUACAAGAUCGAUUAAAUGGAUUUGCUGCGAAUCUGAAGCAAGCUGCAGAUAGUGAUGGAAAAAUUGAUCGAUCUGUAAGAGGACACAUGGCACUCAUGGCUAUUCUAGAUACUCGUCCUAUAGAAACUGCCCUUCCAAGUUUGGGAAGACCAAUAAUGUCUUUGGAUGCCAAUGAAGAUGCUGUAGUAGGGGCCCUGAAGCAGAGCUUGAGGCAAUUAGAGGCUUUGGGUGCACAAAGGGCAGGUCUAGAGGACAUGCUUAAAGAUAUGAAGACAAAGGAUGAUAUACUCCCAAAAUUGAUGACAUCUACUGGAUCAUACGAGGAUCUUUUUAGAAAAGAGAUAACAAAAUAUGAUAAUAUAUGUGAAGAAAUAUCAAAAAAUCUUCAGGCACAAGAGCAGUUAUUGCUUCAUAUUCAGGCACAAAACAACCAGUUUGCAAGCACCUUUAACAUUGAGGACUACACGGCUUCUUGUGAGAAGUGUUAUAAGCAGAUUGAAGGAGCUAUAGCCAAGUAUAGAGAAAUAAAAGAGAAUAUCAAUGAAGGACUGAAGUUUUAUGUUACUCUUCAGGAAGCAAUCAGCAACAUCAAACAACAAGCAAGUGACUUUGCUAUGACGCGAAGCAUGCAGUGUCGUGAAAUGGUGGAAGACGUCCAAAGACAAAUAUCCGGUCUUAGUGUUCAACCACCUUACUACCACCAACCACCACCACAACCAGGCGGCGGUGGUGGUGGUGGUGAUGGUGGGGGGUAUCUUUACCCCCCUCAACCGACCCAACAACUGGGUCCAAGUGGACCCUAGUAUGGCCCCCCAGGUUGGGAGGGGCCACACAGUACUACUGUACAAGGUCAACAACCUUACCCUCCUCCUUAUCAGGGUGGGGGAGGUUACUAUAAAUAAUGAUUUGUGUGUGCAUACGAUUCAGAUUCUUUUAUUUUUGGUUUUGGUGUGUAUAAAUAAAUAAAUGUAAAUGUGUGGACUUGGACUUUAUUUGAUUUGUAUGGUAAUUGAGGUAGGUAGGUGUUCAUGAUU